GAACGCCAUCUUCAAAAUGGCCAACCUUUUUUGCGCACAACACACGUUUGUUCAGCAAAAGAGUUUAAAUAAAGAGACGGAUCGUUUGAAUAACUCAAGAUUAUCGUACAUGUUUCCUCUGACCUGGGAAUGAUAUUAUGUUCUGUCCAUAAAAGAAAGAGCAGAAGAUUGAGCCCUUCCCCAGACCAUCACAGAAAAUGAUGGAGCUACCAAACUACAGCAGUCAGCUGAUGCAGCAGCUGGGGGCGCUGAGGAAGGAGGGCCACUUCUGUGACUGCACCAUCCUGGUGGGAGACAGUCCUCACCGAGCACACAAACUGGUGCUGGCUGCCUCCAGUAUGCUCUUCAGGUCUCUCCUGGAUGGUUCUGACACCAUCUCCAUCGACACAGCUGUGGUUUCCUCGCAGGAGUUUGGCUGUCUGCUGGACAUGGUGUACACCGGCAAGCUGCCUCAGGGAAAACACAACGUCAGUCGCAUCAUUGCCGCUGCAGACAACCUGCAGAUGUUCGACGUAGCUGUUGGCUUUAAAAACGUCCUCACCAGCCUUGUGAACCAGCAGCAGUUGGCCUCAGUCAUAUCAACACAGACGUCAAACCUCAACAUGAUCCACAAAGUCCAGAGCACAAGCCUGGAAGGUUCAGCCUCAUCCAACAUGGUCAAGUCCACUUCUGACGAGACAGAGCUGAAGACAGAGUUAAAGCAGGAAGACUGUCAGACAGAUGGUGAUGAGGCAGAGGAACCACUAUGUAAAAGAGCAUGUGUGGAGCUCAAUGAGUCCUCAGCGCCUGAAGCAGCCAGCCCCUCAGAAACGGCUGUGGAAGAAGACAACACCACGGCAACAGUAGCCAAGGUGUCAAGUGAGUCUGCCACUGGUCCUUCACUGGAAUAUUUCUCACAGACCGUUGAACUCUUCACCAACAUGUCCUCUGUCCUGGAGCUGCUGAGCCAAGCAGCACAGAGCAGCCUAAAUGAACAGGAGAGACAGGUUGUGUGUCAGUGCUGUGAGGAGGCGGAUCCCAGAUCAGCGCUGGAGAAACUAAUGAGCAGAGUAAAUGAAGGGCAGCUCAGUAAAGAAGUGCUCAGCAGGCUUCUCCAGACAGUCCAACAGAAAGCCUCUGUCUCUCUCCUGGAGGAGGAGAGGAGCACACAGGAGCCAAAGAGAUACCAAACAAGAGCCGUGUCAGAUCAGCAGAGCAGCACCAAAAGUGAAGAACUGGAGGGGGAAGAGGGAGAGAAAGGAAACAGUAAGGAGGAGACUGAAGAUGAUGAGAAAGAUACAUUACACUCCCCCUCCCCUUCCCCUGCUUCCUCCUCCAAGCCUUACUCUUGCCGCUGGUGUAAAAAGGGCUUUGCCUACAAGUGUCGAAUGCUGGCCCAUGUGAAACGCUGUUCCAUGUCCAAGGAGUGUGAGCAGCAGUGUCCACAUUGCACCAAGAAGCUGCCAAACCAGCGAGCCCUGCAACGCCACCAGGCUGAAACUCACCGCAACACCAUGCGUGUGAAGAAGAAAGUGGCCUGUGACAUCUGUGGACGGACCUUUGCCCACCCAUCAGGCAUGAUUUACCACAAACGAACAGAACACUUUGAAGAAAAGCCGUUUGCUUGUGAGGAAUGUGGGGCGAAGUUUGGUGCCAACUCGUCUUUGAAAAAUCACAUGCGGCUGCACACAGGAGAGAAACCAUACCAGUGCAAACACUGUGACAUGAGCUUUAGUGUGGCUGCUGCUCUCGCAUACCACACCAAGAAGAAACACUCAGAUGGGAAGAUGUAUGUAUGUCAGUACUGCAAGGCUGUCUUUGCUCAGUCCAUUGAACUGACACGUCAUGUGCGCACACACACCGGUGAUCGUCCGUAUGUGUGUCGGGAAUGUGGCAAAGGUUACAGUCAGGCCAGUGGACUCACUGUCCACCUACAAACCUUUCACAACUUGUCAGAGCCCCAUGACUGUCAGAAGUGCUGUCUCAGCUUCUCGUCACUGGAGGAUCAUCGGCAGCACAUGCAGGAGUUCCACCCUAAGGAGUUCCACAAGUGUCCAACUUGCAACAAAGUGUUCACCAGCGCCGUCCUCCUGGAAAAGCACAAAGUCACACACACUGGAGCCAAGCCCUUCAGCUGUGACCUCUGCAACAAGUCGUACCAGCAACUGUCAGGUCUGUGGUACCAUAACAGGACCAACCACCCUGACGUGUUCGCUAACCACACCCGGCAGCUCAAGACCUUGGUCCAGUGUGACGUUUGUUUCAAGUUCUUCCCCAGUGCCGCCAGUGUGGCCAAACAUCAAGCGUCGGAACACCAAGGCUCAGCAGCGUCGGCAUUGCAAUGUCCAUAUUGCCCAGCUGUUUUGGGCAGAGAGGAGGAGUUCCAGGAGCAUAUCGGCACCCAACACAUCAGCCAGAGCAGUGAGGUUUUCAGCUGCCCACUCUGUGCCGUGGUCUGCAUAACUCAGCGGGAGCUGCAGGAACACCUGGUCUCCAGCCACAUGGAGACGCAGGAAGAGCAGGAGUCAGAGGAGGAGAAGGCUUCCACUUCCCACGCAGUGACUCCAAACGUUCCCACCGGUGGUGAAGGGGUGGAGUCAACCCUCUCUGAGGAGCAGGCCCAGCAGGUUUUAGUGGCUCUGGCAGGUGGAAGACAGGAAGGAUCAUCAGCAGAGGUAGUGGAGGUCAAUAUGUAUGACCUGCUGAACAGCUCUGUCACCUUCAUCUGUGAAGAAAAACCAUCAGCUCCUCACUGCGAACCAUGAACUUUGACCCCCUGAGGAUCACACUGGAUUUAUGAAAUUAUUGUCUCCUCUGGUCUUUAAAACAACUGUCCCUACAAAAAAUGAAAAAUGACAAGACAAGACUCUGUGUGUUUUAAUACAUUUUGCUGGAAUUCAUGUUUCACUUCAAUCUACAGGUGCAUAUCAGAUUCAUUACAAAUAAAGUGAAAUAUUUGAAGCCUUUAAA